AUGGCUGUGGCCACAUCAAGCGGCGAUGGCGAGCCCAACGAGCCACAUCGGGAUAUUUUAAGAUCAUACCAGCAGGAGAUGCUCGAAUCCAGCCUCGAAAGAAACACGAUCGUAGUCCUCAUCUGGCUCCUGGCAAAUAGCGUCGAACUCAGCAACCAGCACUUCCAAACACUUAGCCUCCAUCUAUCAGCCUAUCGCAUCAUCUCCCUGACAGGCGCGGAUGGCGUCGAUAACUGGUCAGAUCAGCGACGAUGGGAUGCAGUCUUACUCAACGUCAGAGUGGUAAUCGGGACCCCAGCCGUACUCAAAGAUGCUCUUACUCAUAGCUUUGUGCACAUGUCAAAAUUGUGUCUGGUCGUGUUUGACGAAGCCCAUCACUGUAUCAAGAACGACCCGAUGAACGCCAUCAUGAAGAACUUCUACCAUCCGGCCAAAUCUCGAGCUGAACAUGUACCACAUAUUCUCGGUCUUACUGCUAGUCCGGCUAUCAAUCCGAAGGCUGGUAGUCUUCAGCAGCUCGAGGCGAAUCUCGAUGCUACCGUGAUCACGCCAAGGAGGUCACUGGACGAGCUCAUGAAGUUCGUCUACCCGCCACAUAUCGCUAUGAUACAAUACGCCGCUUCCGAUGAGCUAGGCUACCCUGGGGCUGAUGGUGUGUGCUCGGCUCUCGAAAAUGCUGCGCUACACUACGACUUCUCGAGAGAUCCUUAUGUGCUUCAGCUUCGCAGAUACGAUGACGAUAAGGCGCGUCGAGACAUGCAGAAAGUGCUGGAAAAACAGAAGACUCACUGUAGCGAAGAACUCCGCGUUUUGAAUCGACGAGCAGCCACUAUGUAUGCACAGCUAGGUGUAACAGCGGCACGAGAGUUUAUCCUGACCUGUAUCGAGCGAUUCGAAGCAUCGACUGUACAGAUCAUGGUCAUGCCGGAUACGAGUAUGCAUGAGCAGCAGCACUUGUUGACGAUACUCCAGAAAAUUCGAUCAAAUGCCGCGACACUUUGCGCUGGUGCAGUCGCCUGUCUAUCAUCCAAGGCUGAACGACUCGUCAGUCUGUUGUAUGAGCAAGCAGCUCAAGUCGCCGGAGCUGGCAGAGCCAUCAUCUUUGUAAGAGAGCGGGCAACGGUUGUGGGUCUGGCUGAUAUAUUGUGUCGUUCAUCGAAGCUCAAGUGCUUGUAUCAAGUUGGCGCAUUUGUCGGUACUUCCUCUUUCGAUGGCCGUUCGAGCAUAGCGGACCUCGCGGAGCUUAGGAAGCAGGCUGAAGAUCUUCGACACUUCCGAGAAGGCAACAAGAAUUUGAUUAUCGCCACUAGUGUGCUGGAAGAAGGCAUCGAUGUCCGUGAGUGCAACCUGGUCAUCAACUUCGACGCACCAGAUACACUUAUCGGCUUUCUGCAACGGCGUGGUCGUGCGAGGAAGGAAGGCUCGAAAUACUACGUCCUCGUGGAAGAAGGCAACGACAAGAUUGAUCCGUCGAAAUGGCGAUCACAGGAAGAGCAGAUGAAGCAAGAAUACUCGGACGAGCAGCGCGAGCGACAGCUUGCCGAAUCAUUGGACGAGAAAGCGAUCAACACACGUGUCUAUCGCAUACCUUCGACUAGUGCACUACUUACGCUCCACGAUGCCAAGGCUCAUCUCCAUCACUUCUGCAGCGUCAGCACAUUUCAAGCGAGCAACUAUAUCGAUACAAGACCUGACUACCAUGCCACAUCCACUGUGGACCCAUCCGGCGAGAAGUCCUGGACUGCAAGGGUAACGUUGCCUUCAUUUGUCGAUCCGAGUCUUCGAAGUGCCAGCAGUCGUGGACCGUGGAGAAGUGAGACCGCGGCCAUCAAGGACGCAGCUUUCGAGGCAUAUAUUGCACUUCACAAGGCUGGACUGUUGAACGAUAGACUCUUGCCUCUGGUUAAGGCGCCAGUCGCUGACGCUGGAGGGCAUGUCGAUCAGCCUAGCAUUAUAGAAGUGGCUGCGAGGCUUGACUCAUGGGUGGUGCUCGCCAAGGCUGUCGAAGCACAGCGGACACAGUGGCAUGCUGCAGAGGUCUCCAUUACUUCGUGCGAUGGCCAGUCGUUCGUGAUCACCAUGCUACUGCCGGUCCCGUUGACUGCCGUGCAAUGCUUCAUGCUAUACUGGAACGAAGCAACAAGCUACACGGCCACCAUUGCUGCUACCAAAUUACUUAAUGUCGAGCCAGAACAGCGGGCUGAGCUCCGACAGCAUACGCACGCGAUGCUGCAGAUGUUGCAUUCUUCGCGCAUGGCGCAGGACAAGAACGACUUUCCUUUCCUGCUAUACAUGCCAACACAUAUUCAGGUUGUUUGUGUCCCUGCACUGAAGCGCUUCAUAUGUUGGAAUGAGGACAACAUUGAUCCGGCGCUCGUAUAUGUCGCGGAUCGCCCGGGCAAGCCAUAUAUCCUUCAGCGACUUGCGACCGGAUCCUUUGGUGAACUCGAUCUCGUCGUCACUGCUUUCGCGAAGCGUAAGGACUUCCUGCACCCUGUGGCUGAGCGCCUGUGUAUCAAUACUGCAUACACUAGCGAAGAAGUCUUUCCGGCAAAGGACUGCACCGUUCAUACAACGCCGUUCGAAUACUGUCUGUUUGCUGCCUUCAUACCAUCAUUUCUACAUCGCAUCGACACACGGCUCUUGGCAGAAGACCUUCGAUCAGGGUUGCUUCGAGACCUGCACAUCGGGGACGUCGAUCUAGUUUCCGAAGCCAUCACCGCGCCUUCGGCUGGUGAAGCCAGAGACUACAAUCGUCUUGAGUUUCUUGGUGAUUCCAUCCUCAAGUUCUGCGCCAGUCUACAAGUGACAUCGCAGCAUCUCACAUGGCCUGAGAGAUUUCUCACGCUGGAAAAGUUUCGGCUCGUAAGGAACUGCACGCUUUGCCAGGGUGCACUAAAGCUUGGCCUUGACCGUUAUAUCCUCACAAAAUCUUUCACGGGAGCCAAGUGGCGACCGCCAUACGUCAGCAGCCUGCUAGCUAUUGAUUUGCCUGAGAAGCGCUCGAAGUCGAGCAAGACUGUCGCAGACGUAGCUGAGGCUCUAAUCGGUGCUGCAUUUGUGGAUGGUGGGAUCGAGAAGGCGUAUCAGAGCAUACAGAUCAUCCUAUCCGAUGAGGUUUGGCAUGAUCUCGGUAAUAGUAUCGAUACAUUGACGCCAGCUUCCGUCGAACCUGGUCACGAUCAUGCACUGGCGCAAUUGGAGGAUAUGAUCGGGCAUCGCUUCACAAACAAGACUCUGCUGCUGGAAGCUAUCACCCACGCCUCGCUACCCUUUCAACGCACCGGCAUGUCGUACGAACGUCUCGAGUUUCUGGGCGAUGCAGUCCUAGACCUCAUCAUUGUGCCGAAGCUAUACGCCCACGAGCGGAAGCUUAAGCACUAUGAGAUGCAUAAUCUGCACGAGGCGCUGGUCAAUGGAGUGUUUCUAGGGUACUGCUGCAUGCAGUACAGUGCGGUCCAGCAAUACAAUCAGAUUGUCAAGACGCAAAGUGGCAAGUACGAUGUGCAGGAAUCUGCAAGGUUAUUGCACCUGCAUGACUUCGUCCGAGCAAGUGGUCAUUUGCUUCACGCCAAGCAAGCCUCACUGGAAGUCUUUGAUCGACUUCGAGUGCCCAUCGCGGACGCCUUCGCAGAAGGCAAAGAAUAUCCCUGGCCGGAUCUAGUGGCUAUGGCACCUAUGAAAUUCUUCUCGGACUUGGUAGAGUCUACCUUGGGUGCCGUGUUUAUCGACUGUCACGGCAACCUGCAAGCAUGUGAGACUUUCUUGGAGAGACUCGGAGUACUUCCCAUCAUGCGCCAGAUGCUCGAAGGUCGUAUGGAGACUAUCUCACCCAAGGAGAAAGUCGGUAUCCUCGCUGGUAACGACAGUGUGGUAUACAGCCACUCCAUGCAAGAUACUGAUGGAAGAAGGUCUUUUGUUUGUGAAGUCAUGGUCGGAGAAGUGAUGGUUGCGAGAAGGGAGAAUUGCGGGAGCAAGAGCGAGGCUGAGGUCAGAGCUGCGGCUGAAGCUGUCAAGAUUUUGUCAAGCAGGAAAAGCUCAAGAAAUAAGAGGGAGUUUGUGGAAGGCGGCGCGGGUGAGAUGGAGGUUGAGGACGGCGCGGUAGAUAUCGUGCCGGCAAUGCAGUACUGA